GAUGGGAGAAUUAGCUUCGCCGGCGCAGGGGAUGGGGGCAGGGCGCCGGUGGGAGGGGAGAGAGGUGUUUUUGAAGUGGAGGGAGGGGUUUUAGGGUGGGGGAAGGUGGUUUUGGCAAGGAGAGGAUGGCGAUGGUAUAGGGUCAAGGGGAAGGGUGGCCGCCGACACCAAAGAGGAUGUUGGUCGCCGGUGGGGGUGGGGGCAGGGGGUUGGGCUGGCGUAGGGACGGUGGUGCGGUGGAAAGAGUGGCUGGGGUUUAGUUUUUUUUAUUAUUUUUUUCAAUUUUAAUUUUUUUGAUAAAUAAAAUAAUAAUAAAACGAACCAAUUAGAAUAUGCCACGUGGUAUUUGGUGAAUUCUAAAAAGUCCAAUGACCUUUAGUGAAUUUUUAAAGCACUCAAUGACAUUUGGUAAAAUAGUCAUUUAAUUAAUCUUAGUAAAAACUCUAGACACUACCAUUUAUGUGUAGAGCCAUAGAGGUGUGAUUUUAAUGUGUUUUUUGUUUGUCUCAAAAAAAAAAAAAAGUGUUUUUUGUUUUUUCUCACAAAAUAUUUAAAAAUAAUUAAAAAAAGAUAAAUAAAAUUUAGGAAUGGAGAAGAGGAACAACUCCGGAAAAGUCUACAGUGUACAGUACGUACUUCUGUUAUGCAGCGCGCAGUCACCAUCAAUCAGACACACUUUUCCCCUCUUCCUUCUCUCUCUCCACCACUCUCUACUAUCUCUCCACAACAAAUUCCGCCAUUGUCAACCACUCUUCUUCCCAAAUCUUCACUCUAGGGUUUUAAUUCCUCUUUCUGCUAAUAAUUCUUAUCUUUUCUAACCUAAUUUCAAGCCAUGGUUGAUAAAUUACAGACGAAGCAGCUAAAAGGCGCAAUUACUGAAGAAGAUGUUUGCAAUCUCUUGCAGAGGUACUCAGCGGGUACAUUAUUGGCGCUAUUAAAGGAAAUGGCGCAAGUUGUUGAUGUAAAGAUUGAUUGGCAGGCGUUAAUGGCGAAAACGGAGACCGGGAUAAAGAGUGCCAGAGAGUAUCAAAUGUUGUGGCGUCAUUUGGCGUAUCGACAGCCAUUGAUUGAGAAUGUUUCCCCGGAAGAACCGCCUUUGGACGAUGAUAGUGACCUUGAAUAUGAAGUGGAGGCUUGCCCCCCUGUCAGCACUGCAGAUGCUACGGAGGCUUCUAACUGUGUUAAGGCUCUCACUUCUGGCUCAGCCAACAAGUCUCGUAUGUCCAACAGCUCAAAUAUUGAGGUGGCUAGGGUUUCAAUAGAAAAUCCACAAGUUCGGAAAAUUUCACAACCUGCUGGGACCUUUGGUGAAGGAUCGAAUGCAAAUGGAUUGACAUGUAAUAAUCAAAAGAAAAGAAAACUAUGCCCAGAGGAGGAAGACAUAGAACUAAUUGCUUCUGUUAAGAAAGGAGAACUCAAGGGAGAGAGUAAUACUGCACAGCGGACCCAGAGGGCAAAUACUAAUAGGAAGAAACAGGGGGGCUUGAAUAUUGAGGCUACUCGUUUUGCACUUGACAUGGCUUUCAAAGAUAGCCCAGCAUCAGGUGCUGCCACUGUUGGUAACGGACAUGAUGAUUGUAACAAUGCAGCUAAAAUAAGUGCUUCCAAAAGGAACUUGCCAGUCACGAAAGUUACUGUGCCACCGUCCCCACCGCAACCUUGUGCAGCAUUUUCUGUAAAAUCUACAGCAAUGGGCUCUUCAACGAAGCUUUGUCCUAAAAGAAAGCCUCCACAACAAUCCACUGUCAGUGCAGAUUCUAUUCAAGCUACUGCAAAAGCUGCAGGAGCUCGCAUUGGUAGUCCUUUGGAUGCUGCAUCUCUAUUCAAGGCUGCACAAUCAAAAAACGUAGUGCGCAUUAGAGGGGGAAGUCCUCCUCUAGUCAAGACUCCUAUUGUUUGCACUGGGACAGCAACAACGUCAACUUCUGUGCCUGCUGGAACUGCAUUCUAUGCUCUAGGAGCUCAACAGCCCAAACUUAGUUCAGUAGGACCCUCUGUAUUGCCAGUGUCUCAACCUCCAAAAGUGAGAGCCACGUCUGUUGUAACUACAGAGAGAAUUAGUACUGCUCAACAUAUGGAAAACAAAACUUGUGCGGCAGCAAGCAUUCAACAACCGGAUGCUAAAUCAGUGACUAGAGUCCAAGAAGAUGGAGCUUCACUUCCCCAAAUUUUGCCAAAAGAUAAGUGUCCGGCAACAUCUCCUGGUGCUGAUGUUGGCUCUAGUAAACAAGCAACUGCUAUUGGUGAUUCUCAAUGUACAAUAAACAGGGAUGUCGUGAAGGUUGAAGGCAAAAAUGACACUUGUAAGCAGGUCGUUGAGUCCAGUGCCAAAUAGUAAUUGUUAGAAGGCUUAUGUUUUCAGAGAAGUAUUUCAUGUGUGAAUGGAACACAUGAGGUUUCACUAACUUCAGUUGAUAGUGGGCGUGCUGAAUAGAAUGGAGGUAAGGUUUGAAAGUGAGGAUAUGGCCGGAGCUGAAUUAUUCUAACCAAAUGAACAUGUAGAUAACUAGAUGUAGUGUUGUGUUUAACCCUAAGUGAUGUAAAUUCUCUUGAAAUUUGUCUGCCUUACAUUACAUUGAAAUCCUUUGAUGUCUUUUUAUGUUAAUCGUAGUUGAAGUUCUUAUCGGAAACUCUGCUGUUGGAACUUGGAAGUAGUAGGAUGAUGCAUUGGUUUAUUA